CUGUGUGCAUAAUUCCGAUGAUUUUUCUAAUCCUACUAAGGCGCAGGCUUUGCUUAUGAAUAUUAAUCGUUCUAUGCUGGUGUUGCUUGGUAACCUUAAAGGCGUCCUGUUACGUAACGUAUUUAAUAUUCACAAACCACGCCUGUGCCGUCUUCGGAUUGGCCAGCGGACCCAGCGCCCACCCGCCGCCAGCCAAUCACAUAGUCCUCUUUGUCGAACGUCACUCUGUGUAAUUAAUAUUCAAACAGCAAGCCUUCGCUAUAGUAUGAUGGGUGACUCCGGUUGUGAAGGGGUUAACGCGGAGGGCGGAACUCGGCACCGGCUACAGUAGAUGAUCGCAUAUUGAUAGAGAGAGAUACAGAGACGCUACAACGCUCGGAGGGACGUUUUGGAAAUACUAUUUGGAUUUAAUUUGCACCGUGACGCGCACGCAUUGAGCUUCUUGUGUUUCUGGAUGAUAGAGAGGGAACGCGACGUGAGUGUGACGCAUCGCGCAGAUUCCGAAGCGGAUACAAAUGCAUUUGUGAAUGUAUCGCGUGCACUCAAACCGGGGUCGCUUACAGAUGCGCGGACCUGGAUCUCAGUGCGCAGAGGUUUUACACAGCUGGGAGGAACCCAAAGGCGCAAUGCUCGUAGUUCACGCAUCAGGGUUCGAACCCGCACCCGCCGGGUCACCCGCCUCCGGUGUGUGAGCAUCCGCGCGCGACAGUCAUGUUGCCCGGGGUGGGUGUGUUCGGCACCAGUCUGACCACCCGGGUCAUCAUCCCUCUGCUGAAGAGCGAGGGCUUCUCGGUGAAGGCGCUGUGGGGUCGCACGCAGGAGGAGGCGGAGGAGCUCGCGCGCGACAUGAACGUGCCCUUCUACACCAACCGGAUCGAUGACGUGCUGCUGCAUCCGGACGUGGAUCUGGUGUGCAUCAACCUGCCUCCGCCGCUCACGAGACAGAUCGCCGUUAAGACUCUGGGAAUUGGCAAAAACGUGAUCUGUGACCGGACGGCGACGCCGCUGGACGCUUUCCACAUGAUGUCAGCGGCCCAGUACUACCCAAAGCUGCUGAGCAUCAUGGGUAACGUGCUGCGCUUCCUCCCCGCCUUCGUCCGGAUGAAGGAGCUGCUGGAGGAGGGUUUCGUGGGCGAGCUCCUGGUCUGCGAGGCGCAGGUUCACGGCGGGAGCCUCCUCGGGAAGAAGUACAACUGGAGCUGUGAUGACCUGAUGGGGGGCGGCGGGCUGCAUUCGGUCGGGAGCUACAUCAUCGACCUGCUCACGUUUCUAACGGGCCGGCGUGCGGCGAAAGUGCACGGCUUCCUCAAGACGUUCGUCAAGCAGACGGACCACAUCCGUGGGAUCCGCCAGAUCACCAGCGAUGACUUCUGCACCUUUCAGAUGGUGCUUGAAGGAGGCGCUUGCUGCACGGUCACACUCAAUUUUAACGUCCCGGGGGAGUUUCGGCAGGAGGUUGUGGUGGUCGGUACGUCUGGAAGGUUGACAGUUUGCGGGACGGAUUUGUACGGACAGAAGAAUGAUGGUGGAAAUGGACAGGAGCUGCUCUUAAAGGACAACACGCCUGUCGGGAACGCAUCUCUACCGGACAAAGCGUUCCGGGACAUCCCGUCUCCGUAUCUUACCGGCACCAUCUGCAUGGUUCAAGCCGUACGGCAGGCGUUUCAGGAUCAAGACGACCGGCGAACGUGGGACGGCCGGCCGCUGACGAUGGCUGCCACUUUUGAGGACUGUCUGUACGCGCUUUGUGUCGUGGACAUGAUCAAAAAGUCCAAUCAGUGCGGCGAGUGGCAGAACAUCGAGGUGAUGACGGAGGAACCGGAAAUCAGUCCUGCGUACCUGAUCAGCGAGGCAAUGCGACGCAGCCGGAUGUCACUGUACUGCUAACAUAGGGCUGGAUGAUAUUGAGAACAAUUAUAUCACGAUAUAUCGCUUAAUUUUCUGUUGAUAUGAUAUAAAUUCCAUUCCCUUGGCUUUCUUUCAUGCAUAUGCAAAUGCAUCAGACUGGAAAUGAAAGCCUGUUCAAAAAGUUUUGCAUUUCGCUUUGCAAUCCAAAGUUCAAGCAAUUUCAUAUGCUCAAAGUCUAGUGUGACUCUGGCUAUAACUCCGAUAUUGAUUUGAACAAUUAGACAUAAUGAACGCUACUUUAUUAGAUUAAAUUAAAACGAAGACAGUAGGUUUCCUACAAAUAUUCAGAUACGUUUCAACCACAUUGUAAAUCAAUGUAUAUGAAACACUGAUAAUGUAUAUCGGAAAUGUUUCAAAUUCAUAUCACCGUUAUUGAAAUAAUAUAUCGCGAUAUAUAUUGUUUUUAAAUUAUUGUCCAGCCCUGUGAGCGAGCGUGCAUGCUUGCAUUCUGAGUUUAAUGCAUUCAAAGCAUUUGGAAAACUGGAGAAGUACAUGCAGCUGAAGGAAAUAUGCGUUUGUGCCUCUUGCACGGAGUUUGGCUUGUGUUUUAAUGCGUUAAAACAUCGGCUGCUGGGAGUUUUUGUGUCAAGUAUGCAAUAAAUCUGCUUUCGGAUGAACCGACAGCCACGCUUUGCUGAAA